AUGCGUACCCGUAGCUUCCAUCGCGCUGUGACUGCUACAGGGUUCCUGUAUCGGUGUAUCAGCAGUGGCAGCUCGCAGCACCAGCAACGGCAGUGCGUCGCUGCUGGAGAGCUCCGCGCUGCUCUGCGUACGCUGGGGCUCACUGAAGAGAGCACUGAUGCGGACGUGAAGCGAGCCUUUCAAGCGUUUGCCAUACAACACCACCCUGACACGAACACCGCGUUGGUGGCAGCGCCGUCUGACGCAGGCGAGGCGAUCCGCGGCAACGAAAGAAGCGCCGCACAGGCGGCAGAGCGCAUGCGACUUGGCACGGAGGCGUACCACCUCCUUCGACAAAUCCCCUUCGAAGUGCGUCGGCACAUCCUACGCGGGGAGGGCCGGCUUCGUGGCCCGCACGACACCCCCUUUGUGUUUACAGAGGAGGAGUACGCCAAGGUGCAGCGAGUUUACCAGGGAGACCACCGUCGCCGGCGCCACCGCAGCGGUCGUGGCAGGGGCCGUUGCGACGGGGACAGCGGUGAGGACCUCUUCGACACCCGCACAGAGGAGGGCCGUCGCCGCAUCGCGCGGCUGAACGAGUUUCAGGCUCGUAUUGCGGAGAUGCGCCGGCGAGGCAUCCGCGAUGACCUGCCGCCAUGGCGGGUCUACGAGAGUGACAAGGGCGCUGGCACAGCUGGCCAUAGCGGGUCCGCAUCAACGAGCGGAGGUAGUGUCGGCGAUGAACAGCAGGGACGUUAUGGCAGCCCCGCCACCGACCCCGGUCCGCGCAACCCCCACCGCUUGGGUCUGCACUUCUUCAACGCCACCGCAGCCAGCUUGAGGGGAGUGCGUGACCUCUACCGUAGCCGACCACCCUUUGUGGGGAUGGACUGCAGCUCCUACGACCGCCCACUCAGCGCCGCACGCGUCGCGCCGGAGAUCAGUGCCAGUACGUAUCUACGUCAGUACAUCUUGAUGAAAAGCUGCGCUCAGGGAAAGGCGAUCGCCGACCGUGUCAUGCGGUGGCCGCUCAGGCAGCUUCUCCUCCUGACUUGCCUCUCAGCUGCGAUGGCGAUGAUGGCAGCGAUUGUGGGAUCGCGUCCUACGGGCCUGCAAAAGGGAUGA